AUCUCAUACACAUUCGCACGUCCGCCCCUCUUCCUCCCUUCACCACCAUGUCACAGGCUUUUGCGCGCCUCCGCCAGCCACUCCGCGCUGCGUCCCGCCAGAUCGCGCGCCCCUCGACGCGGAAUGCGACCCCUACUUUCCGAGCGUCAUUCAGGCGCUUCAACUCGACGGAGGCGCCCAAGCCUCCCAAGUCCAACACCGGGCUUUAUGCGGGAAUCGCUGGCGGUGCCCUGCUGGCUGGGAUCGGUUUCUACUACUAUUCGCAGGGAAUGAACCCGCUGACGGCGGCCAAGUCGGGGGCGCAGGCUGCCAAAGUUGCGACCAACUUCGUCCCUUCGAAGGAGGAUUAUCAGAAGGUUUACAACCGAAUCGCUGAGCUCCUUGAUGAAGCGGAGGACUACGAUGACGGCUCAUACGGUCCCGUUGUCCUUCGUCUCGCUUGGCACUCCUCGGGGACGUACGAUAAGGACACGAACACGGGCGGCAGCAACUAUGCCACCAUGCGCUUCGAGCCUGAGGCUCUCCACGGGGCGAACGCGGGCCUUCACGUUGCGCGCGAGCUCAUGGAGAAGGUCAAGCAGGAGUUCCCCUGGAUCAGCUAUGGGGACCUCUGGACGCUCGGUGGUGUCGCUGCGGUGCAGGAAAUGGGCGGCCCGAAAAUCCCCUGGAGGCCUGGUCGCGUCGACGGAACGGCUGAGAAGGCGACUCCUGAUGGCCGUCUCCCAGACGCCUCCCAGGGAGCUGACCACCUGCGCAACAUCUUCUACCGCAUGGGCUUCAACGACCAGGAAAUUGUCGCGCUCUCGGGUGCUCACGCGCUUGGCCGCUGCCACCGUGACCGGUCUGGAUUCGAGGGUCCCUGGACUUUCUCGCCCAUCACCCUCACGAACGACUACUUCCGCCUUCUCUUUGACGAGACGUGGGUCUGGAGGAAGUGGGAUGGCCCCAAGCAGCUUCAGGACAAGUCCACUCGCUCGCUUAUGAUGCUUCCGACGGACUAUGUCCUCGUGCAGGACAAGAGCUUCAAGAAGUACGCGAAGCAGUACGCGGACGAUCAGGACCUGUUCUUCAAGGACUUCGCCAAUGUCGUCUCGCGUCUCUUCGAGCUCGGCGUGCCGUCUGAGCAGUUCGUGACCAAGGAGCCUUGGAUCAUGAAGAACGCGGACGAGAAGGACGAGUAGAUUGACCCAUGCUUCGUUCGGGCCAACACCUGGAAAAUCAUGUGUGAGAGGACCCCUUGUUCAGUGCUGUCUGCUAUCUAUUUCGCAUUGUAUCACAUACUUUGACCCUUGUAUCACAACUAUCGUACCUUUCCUUUUGCAUGAAUUCACUUUGUUUGCUG